AUGGAUAAUUAUAUGAAUAUAGGAUAUGUUAACAACACAAACGCUGACACUACUUUUGACCGCGUUGCCGAGGUCAUUGGCUGGAUAACAUUUGCCGUUGGGCUACCUGCCAUUGGAUUGGCCCUUUACACCAUGAAGAACCUGGUCAAAGGUCCCAACCCUGUACCUGUCCAUGUCAUCAGCCUUCUUGUUUCAGACAUUUUCAGUUUCAUUGGAAGACCACAGGCUGCCACUGGGAGUAUCCUAUCGGCUGACACUGCUACCCUCAUCUUUUAUUUUGGCGUCAUUUCCAGAUAAAAAGGACUGUGGGCGUACUGGCGGUCAUCCUGACCAAUUAUACCGUGCUGUUUCUUCCCUUCAUUCUGAACAUUCUGCUCAAGUCGUUGAAGGAGGAAGUACGAUACUUAGGGCUGAUUGCCAAUCUGUUGCUGUAUCUGAGUCCUCUAAUGGACCCGUUCCUCUAUAUCUUCAUGACUAAGGGCCCCAGAGAGGUAGUGGAGGCUUUACUCUGCUGUAAAAAUAAUCUGAGCAGGCAGCCAGAGGAGACACAGACUGUGGUUACUCUGUCGGAGACCGUCACUGAGACCCGCCUCUAA